CCCUCCUCCCCUCCUCCUCUGGCUCUGUUGGCUGCACCGUGGAGCUUAGACAAGACCGCGAGGGCGAUUCCUGAAGCCGGGACACCUCACCCUGACCACUUGCAACAAUCAUCUGAUAAAGGACAAUCAACUCCCCAUCAAACAGGCCAGUCAAAUGGGAACGCCUUUCAACAGCUUCAGCAAACCGACGGUCACCUGUAUGAGCCGAGGGACGCGAAUGGUAACAACUCUAAACAGGAAGACCUGAGAUGUGACAUUUCUCAGGAGGAAGACUCAGACAGUAAACGUCAUCUGGAUGAGGAUGAGGCUGAGCCUGAGCCUGAAGCGGUCCCCAGCAUGCUUGAGAUUGCCGUUCAGAGUGCUAAGGCUUACCUACUGAAGACCAGUAGCAAGUCAGGCUUAAAUCUAUAUGACCAUCUUUCUAAUAUGCUGACCAGGAUCUUAGAUGAGCGUCCUGAAAAUGCUGUGGACAUCAUUGAAAAUAUUAGCCAAGAUGUAAAGAUGGCACAUUUUAGUAAAAAACUAGAUACACUCCAAAAUGAGAAUGAGAUGCUUCCAACAUAUGAAAUAGCAGAGAAGCAAAAGGCUCUUUUUCUCCAGGGAAAUUUGGAAGGAGCUGACCAAGAACUGGAAGAUGAAAUGGCAGAAUACUCUCUCCCAAAUGUAAUGGAGUCAGCAUUUUAUUUUGAACAAGCUGGAGUUGGUUUGGGCACUGAUGAGAUUUAUCGCAUAUGUCUUGCCCUCAAGCAGCUUACUGACACCCACCCAAUCCAAAGAUGCCGUUUCUGGGGCAAGAUCUUGGGUCUGGAAAUGAAUUAUAUUGUAGCUGAAGUGGAAUUUCAUGAAGGAGAAGAUGAAGAGGAGGUGGAAGAGGAAGAUGUAACUGAAGAGAGGGACAAUGGAGAGAGUGAAGGUGAAGAAGAUGAGGAUGAAUCACCAAGGUCCCUUUACAAGGCCCCACAGCCUAUACCAAAAGAAGAAAGCAGAACAGGUGCCAACAGAUAUGUUUAUUUUGUUUGCAAUGAACCAGGAAGACCAUGGGUGAAGUUACCAUCAGUUACACCUGCACAAAUUGUUAUUGCAAGAAAAAUCAAGAAAUUUUUCACUGGGAGAUUGGAUUCUCCCAUCAUCAGCUACCCACCUUUCCCAGGAAAUGAGAGUAAUUACCUACGAGCACAAAUUGCCAGAAUUUCAGCAGGGACCCAUGUCAGCCCUUUAGGAUUCUAUCAGUUUGGUGAAGAGGAAAGAGAGGAGGAGGAAGAAGUAGAAAGUGGGCGAGAUAACUUUGAAGAAAACCCUGAUUUUGAAGGCAUCCAAGUGGUUGAUCUAGUGGAAUCCCUAUCCAAUUGGGUUCACCAUGUACAACAUAUACUCCCUCAGGGUCGCUGUAAUUGGUUCAACCCCAUACAAAAAAGUGAAGAGGAAGAAGAUGAUGAUGAAAAAAAAGAAGAAGAAGGAGAAGAGCCUGACUACAUAGAACAGGAAGUGGGGCCUCCUCUCUUGACACCAAUCUCUGAAGAUUUAGAGAUCCAGAAUAUACCACCUUGGACAACACGACUAUCUUCAAAUCUCAUUCCUCAAUAUGCUGUUGCUGUUCUCAGAUCCAACCUUUGGCCUGGAGCAUAUACCUUUUGCAAUGGCAAAAAGUUUGAAAAUCUCUACAUAGGCUGGGGUCAUAAAUAUAGUCCAGACAGUUAUGCACCUCCAGUCCCACCACCAGCUUGUCAAGAAUACCCCAAUGGACCAGAAAUUACAGAAGCGGAUGACCCCAGUGUGGAAGAGGAGCAGGCUUUCAGGACUGCACAGGAAGCUGCUGCACUUCCAGCCGAGGAAAACGAAGAAACUGAGGAAGAUGAAGAUGAUUAUGACUAACGAAAAUAAAAUGGGGUGCUCAAUUCAGCAGCAUAUCCUAUCUAAUAAAAGAGAAACAUGGUAAUUAGCAUACGACCGCUACCCUUCCCAUUGGCC